ACAUCCGGUUUGGGGGUCGGGCUGCAGCGCGCGCGAGCCGCGAUGGUGCGGUUCAAACACAGGUACCUGCUCUGCGAGCUGGUGUCGGACGACCCCCGCUGCCGCCUGAGUCUGGAGGACCGCGUGCUCUGCAGCCUCGUCCGGGACGCGGUCGCCCGCGUGCACGGGACGUUCGGCGCCGCCGCCUGUUCCAUCGGCUUCGCGGUUCGAUACCUCAAUGCCUAUACUGGCAUAGUACUCCUUCGCUGCCGGAAAGAAUUCUACCAGCUUGUGUGGUCAGCUCUUCCCUUCAUCACCUACUUGGAGAACAAAGGACACCGUUACUCCUGUUUUCUCAACACCUUACAUGUGGGAGGUACAAUUAGAACCUGUCAGAAGUUCCUGAUCCAGUACAACAGGAGGCAACUGUUGGUCUUGUUGCAGCACUGCACCGACCCAGGAGAACGGGAUGCGAUUCAGAAGUCUGUCACGAGAAGCUGCCUGCUGGACGAGGGGUCGGGAGAGGAGGAGCUUUCUGAGAGUGGAGGCGAGGAUGCUGCGGAAGCAAUGGAGUCAGGACAGGCUCCAAGGUGCCCGCCUGGGCUCCAGACUGGAACGGGACAUGCUGGGCGUGAGCAGCAGUUUGAGUUGUCCGGACCGAAUCGCUGAUGACCGGAACGUAUUCGCAACUUGAGCGGAGGAUGCACUUAAACCAGAGUUGCCCCUUUCCUCGCUCUGUCUGGUUCAGAGGUUCUGGUUCAUUCAUGAACCCCCUGUAGUUAAUUUUUGUAUGUAGCUGUCUGGCUGAGAAUAGGUUUAAUAAAUGUAUUUCGCCUCUGCA